UUUCAGGCAAUAAAGCCUCCUUUUCUGUUGUUAUUUCCAGGCUCAAGGCCUGCUGUGUUUUUGCUGCAUUCUUUCGUUGGAGGUGCUUUCCUCUGGAUUUCAAAUCAACCCAGCAACAGUUUGGGUUUCAUUUUGGCAGAUGCUGGCUAUGAUGUUUGGAUUGGAAACAGCAGAGGGAACACCUAUUCUUCAAAUCAUAAAAUACUGGAUCUGAGUGAAAAUAAAUUCUGGGAAUUUAGUUUCCAUGAGAUGGGAUACUAUGAUGUUCCAGCAGUCAUAGAUUUCAUCCUGAAUAAAACUGGGCAAAAACAGCUAUUUUAUAUAGGCCAUUCUGAGGGCUCAACUGCAGGUUUCAUAGCAUUCUCUACUUGGCCAAAACUGGCUGAAAAAAUCAAAGUAUUUUUUGCUUUGGCACCCAUAACAACAAUAACAUUUGCUACAACUCCCAUAAUAAAACUGGGAGCUGCAUAUGAAAAAUUAUUUCAUCUUGGAUUUUUAAAUAAAGGAACGUUUCACCUCCCUACAUAUACAAGAAAGCUAUCUGCUAUGUUCUGUGCAUAUCUUCCUAAAUUCUGUGUCCACAUUUUCUGUUCAAUAUCAGGAUUUAACAUCCCUAAUUUAAACAUGAGCCGAAUUGACGUGUAUGCAGCACAGUGGUCUUCUGGAACAUCAGGGAGAAAUUUUAUUCAUUGGAUCCAGAUGAAUAGAGCAAAGUUGUUUCAAGCAUAUGACUAUGGCUCUACAGAAAAGAAUAUGGAAAAGUACAAUCAGACAGUACCUCCUACCUACAAAAUAGAAGAUAUAAAAAUUCCAAUUGCAAUCUGGACAGGUGGGCAAGAUUUCUUUGCAGAUCCAAGAGAUGUAGCAAUGUUAGUCCCACGGAUCAGUAAUCUCAUUUAUGAAAAGUAUAUUCCUGAAUGGCAACAUUUAGACUUUAUCUGGGGGCUUGAUGCACCUGAGCACAUGUACAUGGAUAUCAUUAAAAUAAUGAAGAAAUAUCUAUAAUUCUUAUAAAUGAUGUUUGGAAACCUUGAUUAUUAGUACAUAGGCACAGAGUCAAUGGAAUGUGAUGAAAAAUCCAUAAUACUGAAUAAAAUUACUUUAAGGGCUAAGUGCAACUGAUAAUUUAAAUUAUUAAGAAGUAUCCAUAAUCCUCACCAGUGUUGUUUCAUUAAAAUAACCAAGGACAUGCAAAAUGAGAUUAUUGAAAUGAUGAACAAAUGUCUAUUAUUCAUGAACUGCUGCUUUUGAAUAUGGUAACCUUUUUCUUGCUACGUAUUUGUUUCAUCUUUUGCAAUAAUGCACUAGCAUUUAAUAAAACUAUGGAUUUACA